AUGAUUACAUAAUAAUUAAAUUAAUAUUUGCAGAGUAUUCAGAUGAAACAAUUCUCCCUGUAGUGAAGGGUGGAAUAAUUACAAUAAAUUUAAUUAAAGAAAAAAUUAAUAAUAAUCUUCUAUCAUAACUUCUAAUUGUUAAAGUCAAGAUAAUAAAAAAUAGCUAAAGGUUAUCAAGCACCUAUCAACUUGGUUUCAGUCUCCAUAGAUUCCAUCUGAUACAAAUAAUUAAGCCAUUUUAUUGUAAUAAAUAGGAUUAUUUGCAAAUUCCUUAAUUUUUGUAAACAACUAGUUUAUAUCUAAUAAUUCUUAAUUCAACAAUGCUGCCCUGUGGUGAUUGAGGAAAUGUAAUACUUAUUUUUCAUAUAUCAAGGCUUUAAGAGGAGGCUCUAGAAUAGAGAUUUUCCUUGAAAAAAGUUAGUGAUGGAAUAAAUUGCUUAGGAAGUUUUUGA